AUGGCUAGCAGUGACAAGCGUUACCGCAUCAUCCUCGGCCUUUUGGGACUUAUCACUGUUGUGACACUUUCUACCCUAUGCUCAUCUGCAUCGGCCAAGCAAGGCAUUGAACCCGUCUGGGAAUCAGGCAUUGAACCAGUCUGUGAGCCAGACAAUGCACCAGUCUAUGAACCAGCCAAUGAACCAAUCUGUGAAUCAGGAAAUGAACCAUUUUGUCAGUUAGUCGGUGAAGCAAGCAAUGAACCAAGUUCCCUCCCUUGGUUGAAAAUCGGUUUGGAGUUACCCUUCUUGUUGGUGGUGAAAACGGAAGGUGAAGUUGAAAGCUGCAGCCCGUGCGAUCAGUUCCAGUUCCAGUGCACAGACUGCCGCUGUAUUCCCGAGGGUUGGCGCUGUGACCAUGAGCAUGACUGUGUGGACGGAUCUGACGAACCCACCAACUGCACGGGUUCGUCUUGUUCUGCGUACCAGUUCCGCUGUACCAAUGAGUUCUGUAUCUCACAGAACUGGGUCUGUGACGGGACAGAUGACUGUGGGGAUGGAUCUGAUGAACUUGGCUGUGGGUCGUACAGCUGUAAACCCCAUGAGUGGGCGUGUCCGGGGAUAGGAGACUGUAUCCCCAUAAACAAGGUGUGUGACAGCACCCCGGACUGCAGCAAUGGCCGCGACGAGGGCACAAGCUGCAGUAGUUCAUAUUGCGGGGCUUUGUCAUGUGACUAUCGGUGUCAGCAAACCCCGACGGGAGGAAUCUGCUACUGUGAAGCAGGGUACGCUGUUGACAUGGCGGACAACAGGACUUGUGUGGAUUAUGACGAAUGUGCUGACUGGGGUUACUGUGACCAGCUGUGUGAGAACUCAGUGGGCGGGUACACCUGCUCUUGUUACGAUGGCUACAGUCUCUAUAACAACCGAACCUGCCGUGCCCCAUCAAGUGACACUAUGAGGCUGGUGGUGGCAAAUAGCAGUCGGAUUUUCACCAUGAAUAAGUUAGGAGAGGAUAUUCAGCCAAAAGUCACGGCCGAUCAUCUGAUGGAUUUCUCAGUGCAUUAUGGGAAGGGAACCGUAUAUUGGACAGAGCGUUCACUGAAACAGGUAUUUGAAGCAAAUUUGAGUGAUGGGCAAAAUGUGAGAAGUUUAGGUCUGAAGUCGAUUGCCGAGCCCGUUGGGAUUUCGGUAGACUGGAUCGGGAAUAACGUUUACGUGGUUGACAAAACUGGACGCCGCAUUGAUGUGGUUUCCAUAGAUACGGGUCACCAGAGGGGUGUGGUUACGGAUGGAUUGAUUAACCCCUCAGCAGUGGUCGUGGAGCCAGCCUCUGGGUACAUGUUUUACUCUGACCUUGGUCGUAACCUUGGCAGAGCGGACAGCAUUCCCCCGAAGAUUGAACGAGCAUUCAUGGACGGAACCCACAGACUGAAGCUCUCCCUGCCCAAAAUCUACGGACCCACCGGACUCACUGUGGAUGCUGUUAACCGACGGAUUUACUGGACAGAUUCCAAGUUGGACCACCUGGAAUCCAUGGACUAUGAUGGGAGAUUCAGGAAGAUAAUUAUUUCGGGUGGCCUGACCAUUCCCUCACCUACGGGUGUGGCAGUCUUCGAGGACAAUGUCUACUGGACGGACCAGACCAAAAUGGGCAUUGUCAGCGUAAACAAGUUUGAGGGGCUAGAGUCCGUGAGACAGGUGUAUCAAAUAUCUGGAUUUAAACCACAAGCGGUGGAGAUUUACCAUCCGGCUUUACAACCUGCCCAAUUCUCAGCUCACAAUCCUUGUGUCCAGGCUGGUUGUCAUCAUCUGUGUGUCGUUACUCAUGUACCUGAGCUGGACAAUGUCGGAUAUCGGUGUAUGUGUGACACUGGUUACGAACUGGAUACUAACAGCAAAAAUUGCACAAAGAUAUCCCGAUUCUUGCUGUUUGUGGCAAAGGACAACAUUCGUGGAAUUCCGUCGUCUCCAAACGUGAAGGAAGGAGAUGCCAUGGUGCCCGUCGUGGGAACAAAUGUUGAUUUCGUGGCUGCGGAUUACCACGCCGAAGAAGAAAUGAUUUACUUCUCAGAUGUGCGCUCUAAAACCAUUUAUCGCACGAAAAUUGAUGGCAGCACAGAUGAAGAAAUGGUUGUUCCAAAUGCUGCAUCUGUUGAGGGAAUUGCUGUGGAUUGGAUUUCCAACAUUAUGUAUUACACACAGAAUCUUCAGCAGGGUCAGCUGACUGCACUCAGCCUGACCAGUUCUAACUUCACAGACAAAAGAGUUCUCAUCUCAGGGUUAGGUAACCCAAGAUCAGUCGUAGUGUAUCCAGCCAAAGGGUACUUAUUCUUUGCUGAUUGGCUGAGAGACUCCCAGCACUCUGCAUACAUUGCCCGAGCGCAUGGCAAUGGACAGAAUGUAACGCACAUUCGUGCUCAUGAACUGGGCUGGCCAAACGGCUUGUCACUGGAUUUUGAGGCUGAUCGUUUAUACUGGAUCGAUGCAUUCUUCGACAGAAUCCAGUCUUCAGAUUUGGAUGGGGGCAAUGAGCAGACGAUGUCAGGGGUGAUGCUGGCACACCCGUUUGGUAUCACCCUUGAUACAGAUUUUAUGUACGUGACGGACUGGCGAAUGAUGGCUCUGUUAAGGAUCUCCAAACAACCACCUCACAUCUCGAUCAGCAUCCGUAGUGGACUUUUCCGGCUUACUGAUGUGAAGAUCUAUGAUCCUGCCAGACAGACUAAACCAGGUUAUCACCCAUGUUUGAGGAGGAACGGCGACUGUUCUCACUUUUGUUUUCCUGUGCCUGGUGACCCCACAUCGCUGUAUGCGAAGACGGUUCAGAGACACUGCGGCUGUCCUUAUGGCAUGAAACUAGGGACAGAUCUGCGGACGUGUGAGGAAGACCCAGAGGAAACGCCCCUACCAGAGUGCCUUGGGUCGCAGUUUGAGUGCGCAAACAGGCGCUGUGUCCCGCAGCAGUUCAGAUGUGACCAAGACGACGAUUGCGGAGAUAAUUCAGAUGAGCAGGACUGCCCAGAAGCACCCACUUGUCAGAGCAGCCAAUUCACCUGUGCAAAUGGUAACUGUAUUUACACCAGAUGGCGCUGUGAUGGGGAUAAUGACUGCGGGGACUUUUCUGAUGAAAGAAAUUGCCCCAAUGUGACGUGUGGUGGGACGGAAUUCCGCUGUUCUAACGGCAUCUGCAUCUCACAGGGCUUUGUCUGUGACACGGAAAAUGACUGCGAAGAUGCCUCCGAUGAGGGCGAUCAGUGCGCCGAUCAUGUUUGUGUGGAUGGAUUCAUGCGCUGUGGAGAUGGGCGAUGCGUACCGGAACUACUUCGCUGUAAUGGCUUUGAGGAGUGUUAUGAUGGCAGUGAUGAGGCUGGCUGUCCACCAGUCAACUGCACAGGCCGUCGACAGUUCGGAUGUCACAAUGGCAGACAGUGUAUUCGCUCCACCUGGCACUGUGAUGGUUUCCCCGACUGUGCAGAUGGCACGGAUGAAACGGACUGUCCCAUUCGACCUGAAUCUCUCUGCUUCAAUACUGAGUUUAAGUGUGCACAGGGAGGAUGUAUUCCAUUGUCGUGGCAAUGUGAUGGUCAGCAGGAUUGUAUUGAUGGAUCAGAUGAACCUGCCACGUGUGAGCCACCCUCGUGUUCGGACGGUCAGUUCAGGUGUGAGAACGGACGCUGUAUCCCUCAUCACUGGAUGUGUGACGGAGAAGAUGACUGCGCUGAUGGGUCGGAUGAAGACACCAAACAGCUUUGUCCUCCACCUCCAUUCUUAUGUUCAGCCGACCAGUGGGAGUGUCCUGGAGGUCAACGAAUUUGCAUAAAUGAGACUCAAGUUUGCAACGGUCAAUCAGAUUGCCCCGGCGGCCAUGAUGAAAGCCCUGUUUGCAACAGUGAAUCCUGCAUGGCAGAUAAUGGGGGUUGCAGCUCCUUCUGUGUUCAGACACCAUUUGGAGCGGAAUGUCGCUGUCCUCCCGGAGAGGAGCUGAACGGAACCAAAGUCUGUGUUGAUGCCAAUGAGUGUGAGCCUCCUGGCGCUUGCAGUCAGACGUGCAUUGAUGAGAAAGGAACUUACAAGUGUGAAUGCACUUCAGGCUAUGAACUGUUACCAAAUGGGCACAGCUGUAAGGCCUACAGAAAUGUCAGCAUACCUCAUCUCUUUGUGGCUACAGGAGGCAUUCUUGUCCAAUCAAAUUUGGACGAGUGGUUCUUUACAGCCAAUCAGAUUCCAGGGAUGAGCAGCAUCACAGGGUUAGGGUACGACUCGGUGGACAAUUACAUUUACUUCACGGAUGUUCGUUCGAAAGGGAUUUUCCGCUGGCAGCCUGGGGAUGAGGGAAACUUGACACAGAUCAUAUCAUCAGGGAUCUCAAUGGUGGAGGAUUUAGCUGUGGACUGGGUGGGGCGUAACCUCUACUGGACAGAUUAUUUUCUUGAGACGAUAGAGGUCAGCAGUCUGGACGGGAGUCAACGUAGAGUGCUCUUCAGUGAGAAUGUGACCAACCCCAGAGCCAUUGCUGUGGAUCCCAGAGAAGGGGCUCAUUACAUGUUCUGGUCCGACUGGGGUCAACGGCCUCGUAUUGAACGAGCUGGUCUAGACGGAAGCGAGAGGACAGCUAUUGUAACCACAAAGAUUGCCUGGCCGAAUGGUUUGAGUAUUGACUACCCCACGAAACGGAUUUACUUUACUGAUGCGCGCCUGGACUAUAUUGAAUUUUGUAACUAUGAUGGAACAGACCGUCACCAAGUUAUAGCUAACGAUCAUUUCUUGCGUCACCCGCACAGCCUGGUGGUUUUUGAGGACUACGUCUACUGGUCAGACAGAGCCGCUAAGAACGUCCAGCGAUGUGAGAAAUUUAACUGUACUGACAAGAGCGUCGUGCUUGAGCGACUUCAGAGCCCAUUUGGCAUCAUUCUUCACCAUCCUAUGAGACAGCCCGAAUCUAGUUCUGGCUGCAGCAGCUCACCGUGUAGCCACCUCUGUCUGCUGUCCCCCAGUACACCUGGUUAUACCUGUGCGUGCCCUGUGGCGAUGAAGCUGGAUAGGACGGGGACUACCUGUGUAGCAGGCUUGAAUGACUUCCUUCUCUACCUUAAAACUGGUCAGAUUUUGGGUUUGACCUUGUCUGACCCUGACAGGGCGCCCAAUGCCUUUGUACCUAUAGUGGGUCUCCAGGCUCCAAUUGAUGUGGAUUAUGACAGUUUUACAGAAACCCUGUUUUAUGUGGAGCAAGCCGGCUCUACGAAUAAAAAUGCCACCAUCAAAUCAGUCAAGUUUGACGGCAGCCCUGCUGAUGGUAAUCUGUCACUGGUCUUCAGCACAGCGCCUCAUUCGCUAGCUUUUGAUUGGGUGUCCAGAAACCUGUACUGGAGCGAUCUCCAAUCAGGGACGAUAGAAGUGACGAGGAUUGAUGUACAGCAGCAUUAUCGUAAAGUCGUCCUUGACAACAGUGGAGGGCAGGGCGUGGCUAAAGCAUUAUCAAUACUUGUGGACCCUGUGCGAGGAAAACUGUACUGGUUGGAUCAAGGAGGCUCUGGAGGGGUACCAGCCAAAUUAGCAGCUGCAAAUCUCGAUGGUUCCGGGCCAGAGGUUCUGGCUCGCUACGAAAUUCAUCAGCAGGAAUAUCUGACGCUGGAUUCGAACUCGCAGAUUUUGUACUGGACGGACAGCUUUAUGCAAAGAAUUCAGCGAUUCGACAUCAAUGGCGGCUCGAUGAACUCUCUCUCCAUCACUGUGGCAACGCCCAAGGGGAUCGUGUUUUACAACAACAUGUUGUACUUCACUGAUAGUGUGUACGAGACAAUCUCCAAGGCUAAUCUCAGCUCCGGAUCUCAGGAGAUGAUUAAAGACAACGUUCGUGGCAUCAAUAAUCUGAAAUUAUUUACCAACAGACACUCGAGGGGUCAGUCCAAUGCCUGCUCCAGUAAUAACGGAGGAUGUCAACAGCUCUGUUUACCCAAUGGCACGAACUCGAGAACAUGCGCGUGCAGUACAGGGUUCAAGGUCAACCCAGAUGGAACGUGUUCGUCCUACUCCAGGUUCCUGGUUGUGGGACAGCAGCAGUCUGUGAAGGGCUAUGCUGUGUCUGACAACCCUCAACAGGCUGUCAACCCACCGGAGGCCAUGGUACCCAUCAGGGGGUCAGGUUUAAUUAUAGCAGAUGUAGAAGUUGAUGUGGGCUCGGCAUUUAUUUAUUGGUCAGAAGUUCAGGUGCAGAAUAAUGGCAUUCUGCGAAUAAAACCCGACGGAUCUGGUUUGGAGCGAGUCAUUUCAUCAGGAAAUAUGGGAAUCUCAUCGAUAGCUUUAGAUUGGGUGGCAGGGAAUCUGUACUUCAUCAAUGGCCGUGGCAUGGGGAUGUUUGUGGAGGUGUUACGACUAGAAACUGAUCACCGAUUGGUCAUUGCUGAGGAGUCGGAAAUGAGGCUGCACGCUAUUGCUGUUAAUCCAAUCAAACGCUUCCUGUACUGGACUGGCAUUGGUCAGCAACCCUCCAUAGAACGGGCUAACUUGGAUGGAUCAAACCGAACUGUGAUUGUGAGAAAUGGUAUAAACCAUCCGGUUAGUCUCACGGUGGACAUAGUGACCCACAGUGUGUACUGGACAGACUGGACAAUCGAUGCCAUACAGCGGGUGUCUUUCAGUGGAGGAAAUCGCCAGUACAUCCGCAGCAACUAUCCAGCUCUUACCGGAGUGGCUAUAUUUGGACAAAAUAUGUAUUGGAUUGAUAAAAAUCUUCAACAGAUUUUGAUGACGAGCAAAGAUCCGAGUUCCAUCCCCCCUACAGUGAUCAAGUCACAUAUGACCAGUCUGACGUCCAUUGCCUUGUUUGACACCUCUGUCCAACCAGCCCACACAAACCCCUGUUCUGCUAACAAUGGUGGGUGUGAUCAGCUGUGUUUUGUGCUGCCCAACGCCACACACCCGACAUGUGCCUGCGCCACAGGAUCCCUGCAGACGGACAAACGUACCUGCGGAGAUGUGAGGGAAUACCUGGUAUUUGCCACAGAAAAAGAUAUCCGAAGCCUCCAUCUGGACCCCGCCACUCCGGGUGUCCCUAUCCCCAGGGUUACAGGUCUUAACGGGUCUGUUGGUUUGGAUUUUGACUACGUGGACGGAUACAUCUACUUCACGGAGGUCAAGGGGAGGAAAGUCAGUCGUGUCAGACACGGGUCCACAGAGGUUCAGGAUUUCCUCGUGAACACAAAUAUCACUGGCUCUGUGACAUUGGGAUCUCCUGAAGGAGUCUCUGUGGACUGGGUGGGAAAAAAACUGUACUGGACAGACGGGAAACUUAACCGUAUCUUCUCUGUGGGAUUGGACCGUACUCAUGUGGUGACUCUGGGUGUGGCUGACCGCCCCAGGGCCAUUCUGGUGGACCCCUGCAGAGGGCACCUGUACUGGUCAGAGUGGGGAGCCACGCCAAGAAUCCAGCGUUCCACGAUGGCAGGAAACCUACGAGAGACAAUCGUGGGAGAGGACCUUGGCUGGCCUAAUGGCCUCACACUUGAUUACGACACAGACAAGCUGUACUGGGCAGACGCACAGAAAGAUCGUAUUGAGCGGUCAGAUCGUGAUGGAAGCUAUCGUGAAGUGAUAGUGGAGACAGCUGUCCAUCCCUACGCCAUCACCGUCUUUGGUCAUCACAUUUACUGGACCGACUGGAGGCUGCGUGGUGUGUACCGUGCCGAGAAACACACAGGUGCAAACCUGUUUGUCAUGGCUUCCAGGCUGCCGUAUCGACCAAUGGGAAUUCAGAUUUAUACGGGAGAGAGACAGCAGUGCACUGUAAACCCCUGUGAGGUGAAUAAUGGUGGCUGUUCCCACAGCUGUCAUCCCUCCCCCGGCGGUGGCACAGAAUGUACCUGUCCUUCUGUCCACAACCUGGUACUGGCCAGUGAUGGGAAGAGGUGCGUGCCCAACUCCAAUAACUGCACAGGGGAGCAGUUCAUCUGUGGCAACGGCCGCUGCAUUAGCCCUAGCUGGACAUGUGACCUGGACAACGACUGUGGGGAUGGAUCAGAUGAAAUCUCAGAACUUUGCGCCACUCGCACUUGUGCCCUGACUCAGUUCCGAUGCAACAAUGGCCGCUGUAUACCUCUUCACUUCCGCUGUGACCAUGACAACGAUUGCCGUGACAACACAGACGAGUUGGACUGUGAUUACCCUGCGUGUGGGGCUGGGGAGUUUACCUGUAGUAACCUCAGGUGUAUUGAUAUCUCACAGACCUGUGACGGUGUGGAUCACUGUCGAGAUGGCAAUAGGACAGAUGAGAUUGACUGUCCUGAACAGACCUGCCCACCUGGUCAGGUGCAGUGCCCCAAUAACAACAUCUGCUUGUCCAGACGAUGGCUCUGUGAUGGAGAUGAUGACUGUGGUGAUGGAUCUGAUGAAAGUCCAAUAUUCUGUCAGUCUGUUACCUGUCCGCCAGAGGACUUCUACUGCCCGACCAAUCACAAGUGUAUACCGAUGAGCUGGUACUGUGAUGGAGACGAUGACUGUGGGACGAGAGACGAUGAGCCGGACGACUGUAGGGCCAGUAACCGCACUUGUCCCUACAACCAGUACACCUGUGAUAAUGGACGAUGUAUCCCAACUCGUUGGCUGUGCGAUGGCGACAAUGACUGCGGGGAUGGUUCAGACGAACAUGAAAGGCACCAGUGCUCUUCUCCAACAUGCCCGUCCAACAAGUUUCGUUGUGAGUCCAAUGCUCGCAGAAACGUGUACCCUUGCAUCGACCAGCGUUACGUUUGCGAUGGUGAGAGAAACUGCAUGCAGGGCGAAGACGAGGAACAGUCGUGUCCGGAUCGACCCUGUGAUUCUAACGAGUUCAAGUGCGGGAACGGAUUGUGCAUCUCUGAUCGCUACGUGUGCGACCAGUACGACGACUGUGGCGAUGGUUCAGAUGAACACAGUAACUGCACCAUUCCCACGUGCUCACCUGACCAGUUUACCUGUAACAACAGCAGAUGUAUCUUCUCUAGCUGGGUGUGUGAUGGAGACAAUGACUGCAGGGACAACUCUGAUGAGGCCGAGGAACUCUGCUUGACACCGGAGCCAACAUGCCCGGGGAAUCAGUUUCGCUGUCAGGACGGACAGUGUAUCCCCUACCAGUUUGUGUGUAACAAACAGGCCGACUGUGCGGACAUAUCAGACGAGGCUCACUGUAAUAUAAAUGAGUGUGGCAGCGUAGAGGUGAAUCGCUGUGAACAGAGAUGUGUUGACACAGUCACCAGUUUUUACUGCGAAUGUGACAUGGGAUAUCGAUUGAUGUCAAACAGACGCACCUGUCGAGAUAUUGACGAGUGCACAGAGGUGCCAGGGGCCUGUACGCAGUUCUGCGUAAACGAGGUCAGUAAUUACACCUGCAAAUGUGCUGACGGAUAUCGCAAAGAGCCAGACGGAAGAACAUGCAAGAAGAUCGACCGAAUCACCCCUCUGGUCAUAUUCACAAACCGUUACUACGUUCGAGAAUUGUCCACAGAUGGACGUAGUUACAGGAGAAUUGCUCAAGGAUUUGAUAAUGUUGUUGCUUUGGAUAUCGACAAUACGGAAGGCAAAAUUUACAUGGUUGAUGCAAAGGCCAGGAAGAUCGUGCGAAUGACGAUUAAUGGCUCCGACAUAGAGACAGUUGUUAAACACGAUUUGCCUGGAGGUGAAGGACUGGCAGUUGAUUGGGUUGGAAGGAAACUGUACUGGGGUGACGGACUCAGAAGCGCCCUCUAUGUGUCACAGCUGAACGGGACCAGUCGUAAAACGCUGCUACGAGGGGGAAUUUUGUCCCGCCCUCGAGCAGUUGUUGUGGAUCCUGCCUCAGGCUACGCUUACUUUUCGGACUGGGGAUCCCGUGCCUUUAUCGGCAGGAUUGGUAUGGACGGCUCAAAUGCUACAAAGAUCAUUACGGACAAGAUGGUUUGGCCCAAUGCCCUAACCAUAGAUCACGACACCCAGAGGGUGUGGUGGGCAGAUGCUCACCUGGAUUACAUUGAAUUUGCGAAUGUCGAUGGCUCCAACAGACACAUGGUUCUGGAAAACACAGUACCCCAUCCGUUCGCAAUCACGGUGUUCGAGGAAUGGAUGUACUGGACAGACUGGAAUCACAUGACCGUGGAGAGAGCCAAUAGAUUUACAGGGGCCAAUCACAGCAUCCUGUACAACGUCACACAUCGACCGUAUGACAUCCACAUCUACCAUCCGCUGAUGCAGAGAGGACUACCAAAUCCCUGUGGCGUGAACAAUGGGGGUUGUUCCCACCUGUGCCUCAUUGCCCCUGGUGGAAUGACGUAUACCUGCGCCUGUCCGGACUACUUCAUCAUUGCCCCUGAUCAGAGUACCUGUAUAGCUAAUUGCUCUCAGAGCCAGUUCAGGUGUGGCGUAACUGAUGACAGGUGUAUACCUGAUGUUUGGAAGUGUGACGGUGACGAAGAUUGCAAGGAUGGAUCAGACGAACCUGAUGAUUGUCCAGUGCGUCAUUGCCCCAGGGGUCAGUUCCAGUGUGAGAACCUCAACUGUACAUACUCGUUCAACGUGUGCAACCUGAACGAUGACUGUGGUGACGGUUCAGAUGAACGAGACUGCGAGCUGCGACAGUGUGAACCAUGGCAGUUCAAGUGUGCCAAUCACAAGUGUGUGCCACGUGGUUGGAUGUGCGAUAGUGAAGAUGACUGUGGGGAUAACAGCGAUGAACCUGCAACGUGUGCUAAUCGCACAUGUGGCGCACAGGAAUUUGCAUGUCGCAAUGGACGUUGUAUCCCACAGACGUGGAAAUGCGAUGUGGACGAUGAUUGUGGAGACAACUCUGAUGAAGAUUCGAGUCUUAAUUGUGGAACUCAGACCUGUGCAGAAGGCUGGUGGCAUUGCCAAGGUAACUACCGCUGUGUCCCCGCCUGGGCGCUCUGUGAUGGUGCUGAUGAUUGCCGGGACAACUCCGAUGAAGCUCAAGAAAACUGCCCGAGUUGUCACCCGACGGGAGAUUUCACCUGUGCCAACAAACGCUGCAUCCCCAGAAGGUGGCUGUGUGACUUUGAUGACAACUGCGGCGAUAAUUCUGACGAAAACCCUGUUAUUUGUGCAAACCUUUACCGAAACUGUUCUGAAUCGGAGUAUCGAUGUGACAACCAGAAAUGUAUCCCCGACAAGUGGCGUUGUGACCACGACAACGAUUGUGGUGAUAGCUCAGAUGAGAAGAGUGAUUACUGUAAAGAUCAGCACCAGUGCCAGUCAGACCAGUUCCAAUGUCAGAGUGGACACUGCAUCAGCAAGAAGAAUCUCUGUGAUGGCUGGAGGGACUGUCAAGACAGUUCUGAUGAGUUAGACUGUCCAACGCGCUUCCCUGGGGGCCGAUACUGCCCCGCUAACAAGUUUGAGUGUGGCAAUAAGCUGUGUAUUCCGAGAGAAUGGCGCUGUGAUGGGGACACCGACUGCGAAGAUGGCUCAGACGAAAGACCUGCGGUUUGUCAGGAGAUUGACUGCCCCGAAGAAACACGCUUCCGCUGCGACAACUUUAAGUGUAUUCCAAGAUGGCGUCUGUGUGACAAAGUGGACAACUGUGGAGAUGGCUCUGAUGAAAAUAACCAUGAUUUGUGCUUACCUCCCCUUAGAGAGUGUACAGUUAACGAAUAUAAGUGUCUGAACAAUCAGUGUGUGGCCACCAACAAAGUUUGUGAUGAAGUGGAUGACUGUGGAGACAGCUCUGAUGAAAAUGGAUGCCAUAAGAAUGGACCGCGUUCGAGUUGCGUUGAAGAGAAUGGCGGUUGUGAACAGAACUGCACAAAUCUGCCAGCAGGGGGCUACGUGUGCUCAUGUAACCAGGGCUAUACCAUCUCAUUGGACGAUAGGAAGUCAUGUGACGAUGUGGAUGAGUGUGCCUCUUGGGGUAACAAUUGCCCGCAGCUGUGCCACAACCUGAAGGGCACCCACAAGUGCCAGUGCGCCCCGGGGUUUGUGGAUCUGUCACGGCGUGGAGUUAACUGCAUGGCUACAGGUUUUUCUGCGGCUCUUCUCUUUUCUAUGGGCAAUGAAAUCCGUCAGUACAGAGAACAUGGCAAGCAGUACACCAGUGCUGUAUCAUUUGGCCGGCGCAUUCAGGCCAUUGACACAGAUAAUCUGCGCAACUUCCUCUACUGGGUAGACUCUUCAACCAAUCAGAUCCAGAGGACAUACCUGCCUAGCACACCUGACCUGGGCACCGGGGAGCCCCAAGAACUGGAGCUGUCUGCAGUGGGCAGGGUGGAGGAUAUCGCUAUAGACUGGGUGGCCAGAAAUAUAUAUUGGACUGACUCCCAAAGACGUACAGUUUCCGUGGCAACAGAUGAUGGGCGCUAUAUGAAAUCUUUGAUCAUGACAGACCUGACCUCUCCGUACGCCAUUGCUUUGAAUCCACGAUUAGGCCUGAUGUACUGGACAGAUGUCAGCAGUGUCUCCCCUAGAAUCGAAUACUCAUGGAUGAACGGAGAACAGCGGAAGGUUUUGAUUGGAUCGCAGUUAGGACGCCCCACAGGUUUGGCCAUCGACUACCACAUGUACGACAGAGUGUACUGGUGUGACUCGAAAGAAAACAGGAUAGAAUCCAUGAAGUUUGACGGCACGGAUAGAGUGGUCAUACUGAGUCAAGGUCUGUAUAACCCAAUCAGCAUGGACGUGUUUGGAGGACAUAUGUACUGGUUGUCACAAGAGAAGGGACAGCUAUGGAAAAUGGACAAGUUUGGGAGAGGCGUGAACGUGAGCGUCCAGGCGUACCUGCUGCUGCCGUCAAGCAUAAAGGUCUAUCAGAAGAACAGAUAUGAUAUCUCCAUUAAGAACAGAUGUUCCACUGACAAGAUGUGCAGCCAUUUAUGCCUGCUCAUCCCUGAUGGAUCAAAAUGUGCAUGUCCCGAUUACAGUGACUUUGCAGAUGAGAACCACUUCCAAUGUGAUGCCGCCAAUGAGCUGCCUCUGCCCUUGCCACAGUUUUGCCGACCAGGCUGUAAGAACGGAGGCUCCUGCAAACACGGUCCAAACAGCACCUACAGCUGUGUCUGUGUCAAAGGUUUUUAUGGCAAACAGUGUGAACAUACAGAGCCGGAGAAGCUUGUGUCACAGUUCAGAUCAUCAAAAUUAGCAGCCAUUGUGGUGCCUGUUGUUAUCAUCGUGCUUGUUGUGGCACUGGUGAUAGGAGGCAUUUUACUGGUCAAAAAGAAAGGGACACAGCUGAGCUUUCUGCGUAAGAGUGGCGCAGGAGAGUUCCGGGUGGGGUCCCCUGGGAUGGUAUCUUACAGAGAGGGCGAGUCCGUCCAGAUCGUCACACCCUCAGCGUUCUCUUAUGACAAUCCACACCAGAUCGAACCUAAUCAGUUUAAUUCGGUGCCGAAUGUCGAGGGCGGUGCCACAGACACUGAGCAGCCGACGCAGUUUUCUAACCCGAUACUCUAUAGUUAUCGAGACUCUGGCGUUGCUGAUACACCGACGAUAUCAGAGGAGUCGAUAACUGAUAUGGACCCUCCACUUGUUCACGUGGCUAGCAAAGACUCUGGUAUCGAGGCGAAUAAAGUUGAAGAGGAGAUACGAAUACCCCCACGUGCGCUGGAUCCGGUGGAUUAUGAAACAGACGCGGAUACAGCUGGGCUGGUGAAACAAGGAAAAUUAUGAAGCUUUCAUUAUUGUCAUUGGAAUGGAUUGAGGUUUUUAGCGCUAAAAAUAUUCUGAGGGGAGUGAGAUAAUCAAAUAUAUUUCUUAAAGAUUCUCGCUAUUCGGAUAUUGAAAAUGUCAGGAGUUGUAAUUAGGGUCCUGAGAUUAAUUUGAGCUUCAAGCUCAGUUUAUACACGCAUCUGCCAGUUUAAACACGCAUCUGCCAGUUUAAACAUGCAUCUGCCAGUUUAAACAUGCAUCUACCAGUUUAUACAUGGAUCUACCGGUUUAUACACUGAUCUACCGGUUUAUACAUGCAUC